AUGUGCAUCCGCCGGCUCGGCAGCCUCCCCUCCCCGGUGCCACUGGUAGGACCGACAGCCAUGAGCGGGGUGUACGAGGCGUCUGCUGGAGCUAUGUCAAUGACUAGACGACCACAUGAAGAACAUCAAUUCUGCAUCACGAUGAAAGAGGGUGGUGAUCUAACCACUCUGGAGUACAGAAGAAUUGAGCUGAGCUCAAAGAGCCCAUCGUGUAACCCCAUCCCCAUCCACUCCUCUUUCCUGGAAGAGCCCUUGACAUUAUGGGAAGGUCUACAAAAGCCAGGCAGACAAAUAUGGCAGUGGGGCGGUCGCAUUAGCUCUGCGCAUCACCGCGAAGAUCAUGGAGCCGGCGGAUCUGCUGUGACGACGACACAGCGAUUUCAACGUCCCAAGUAUCACUCUUUCGAUGAUGAUUCGUUUGCCUUGAGAGGUCCCGGUUUUGCUCCGGAGUUUCUUUGCUGCCUGGAGGUCAUGUUCCAUAGCGACCUCAUAGAUAGCAUCGUCAAGUAG